UUCGAAAAUUAACGCAAACAUAGCAAAAAACAAGCUAAGAGACGAUGAUUUAUGGCUAAAAGCCGAAGAUCACCGUCUCCUACGCUCAAGAUGGAAGAAAAACCGAACCUUGGCUCUCUAGGAAAGUUUCUCUCUCUAACUUAGAGAGAUGGCAGAGCUCAAAAAAAUUGCAUUGACUAUUAAUUGAAAUUGUUCUAAAGGGGAGUUUUUAACCCUUCUGCUCGUUAACAAAAAACGACCCGCUCCUACAGUAUCAUGGGUUCAUUGUUUUCAGUUUCACUGCCAUUUCUUCUCCCUUCGUUCCUCUUUACCUUCCCUUGUUCAUCGUUUUCAUUCAUACUUUUGAAAUCAAUUUUGCGUAUUGCUGUGAGUUUAAUUGAAAGCAUGAUGGUACCGAUUCUGAUUAUGCAGCUAACGCUACUCAUGUGAAAGGUUCAGUAUCAGUACUCAUAAAUUUCUUGAAGUUUUUUCAAAUCAGUUCAAAAAUAUCCCCAAACUGUAUUACUUCAGUGGUUCUUAUUUUUGCAAUUGCCUCAGUUACAAGAACCAAUAAGAGCAAAGCAAAGAAUUAUGGCUACUGCAAUUCUGGAAAUCUUUCUGUCCCCGUUCAUUGAAAUCUGCAAGGACCCGUUUGUAGAGUACGUUGUUCUCCCCAUCAAACGACGUGUCAGUUAUCCGUUCACCUACAAAACCAAGCUUCAGAGACUCCAAGAUUUGACUGGCAAGUUGAAGGACAAAAGGGACAGGUUGCAGGACUCCAUUGGUGAUGCUGAAAGAAAUGGGGAAGUUGUUUAUGUGAAUGUUACAAACUGGCUGUCUGAAUCAGAAAAAGCCAUUGAAGAUGCUAUGGUGGCUAUUAAUGCUGAAGAGGAAGCAGCCAAGAUGAGGUGUUUCCUGGGAUUGUGUCCCAAUCUGAAGACCCGCUACCUGCUUAGCAAGAAAGCAGUGAAGGAAGCUUCAGCAAUUGAUCAGCUGAAUCAGCAGGAAUCCGAUCUCCACCCUUUUUCUCACCGUCCCCAUCUUCAGCAGCAUGCUGAUCCAUCUGUUUUUGCUCUCGAAGAACUUCAAUCGAGGUUGUCCAUUCUGAAGCAAAUUAUGGAGGCUCUUAAGGAUCCUAAUCUUAACAGGGUCGGAGUUUGGGGAAUGGGCGGUGUGGGUAAAUCAACUCUAGCAAAGGAGGUCCAUGGCCUUGCUUCGAAAGAGAAGCUGUUCGACGAUGUUAUUUUUGUUCCAGUAUCUGAAAAACCUGAACUUGGAGAAAUUCAAAAAAUAAUUGCUGCUGUACUGGGUCUGAACUUUGACGUGGAAGAUAGGCUUGUCCGAGCAAGUCAUCUAUUUCAGAGGAUCAAAGAUAAGAAGACACUUAUAAUUCUGGAUAAUAUCUGGCAAAAAAUUGACUUAAAUCAGAUAGGAAUACCGACUGGAGCUGAUGGCAAAGAUUGCAAAAUAUUGCUGACCUCAAGGGAGAAACAUAUUUUACUAAAUGAGAUGGGCGCAGAAAAAGAAUUCAUGCUUCAAAUUCUAACUCUUGAAGAGGCUUGCAGUAUGUUUGCAAAGACCGUCCCUCAUGCUAAAGAUCCAGAAUUUGAUGCUGUUGCGAUUUAAGUCGUCAAAAAAUGUGCAGGAGUGCCGCUGUUGAUUGAACUUGUUGCAGGGGACUUGCGGAAUUGUAAGCAGUUAGGAAUCUGGGAGGAGAAGCUGCUUCAAUUAUCCGACUUUAAGGAUGAAGAAAUAGACUUGAAAGUGCACGAAUCUUUAAAGUCAAGCUACAACAAACUUAUUGGUGAGGAAAUUAAGUCAUUUUUCUUACUUUGUGCUCUGUGCGGACAAUCCAACAUUCAGAUUCAAUACUUGUUGAGAUAUUGUAUAGGUCUUGGUUUAUUUAAGGAGAGACCUACUGUCAAUGACGCUAGAAAAAGGGUGUACAAGUUGAUCAAUGACCUU